GAGAGCAGAGUCAGGGAUCUCCCCAGCACAAACACUGGGACAGAGCAGGCUCCUCAGGGCUCCACCAUGUCUGCAACUGCCUCCGGGCCCCAGCGUCCCUGUCCUGUCCUGCUGCUGACCCUUCUGCUGGGACUCAUAGGAGCAGCUGCACAGGAGCUGCAGGUGAUCCAGCCUGAGAAGUCAGUGUCUGUCGCUGCUGGAGAGUCGGCCACUCUGCACUGCUCUGUGACCUACCUGCUCCCCGUGGGUCCCCAUCUGUGGUUUAAGGGGGCAGGGCCAGGUCGGGAGUUGAUCUACAAUUUCUUAGGAGGCUACUUCCCCCGAGUCACAGUUCUCUCAGAUGCCACAAAGAGGGACAACAAGGACUUUUCCAUCCGCAUCAGUAAUGUCACCCCAGCAGACGCCGGCACCUACUACUGUGUGAAGUUCCAGAAAUCAACCCCUGUUGAUAAGGAGUAUAAGUCUGGACCAGGCACCGAGUUGUCUGUGCGAGGAGCAGUGAUGUUUACACUAGUUUCACACCUCAUCGCCCUGUUAUUUGGCCUCAAGAUCCUGUUAGCUGUCAGUGUCUCUGCCGUCUAUGUCCACAGGAAGCAGAAGUCCUGACUGCAUCCCAGGACGGCCACACCAGGACCUCCUAGCUCUAAGGAGACUCUCACGAAUCGUGAGCAGAUAACUGAAUGUGGACAUGUUUCCCACAGAUCCUUCAUCACUCCCUGCUGCCUGGGACCCUCCGUCUCUGCCACCUUCUCCCUGCUCCAUGGUGCUCAGCCUGAGAGAAGGAGCUGCCCAGAAGCCUCUGUAGCCUCUGCUCCACAUGCCUCCCCCAAGGACACCAGCCCACAGGCCCCUGUUGCUCCUCUGUCUAGUCCUUGAUGUCCCAUGGCUGAGUCUGCACUCAUCAUCCUGAGCAGGGUCAUGGGACCUACCUCUGGGCAGCAACUCAUGACACCUCCCCAGAUGUGACAAGCAAGCCUCACCUGAUACAUCAGGAUGGCUCUCCUCCAUUGCCUUGGGCUUGGCCAUCAAGCAUCCCAAGUCCUCACUCUCAAGAGUCAUUCAGCCAUCUUUUUCCUGCCUACCCCUCCUCCCCAGCCUUGUUGAGGUUCUCACAUGAAACAUUCUGCUUUAAUAAGAAGAAAUUAUUCUCCUUCCUCUGUGUCCUCAAACCCAGGAAAAAAAAAAGUUCUUCUUAAUCCGAUUGAUUUUCUCCCUCAGCACUUAUGAACAACACUAUUGUCCUGGAUAAAGGCAGUCACCACUCUCCAUGAAGAGCAGGAUUGUAAAAAGGACCUUGGAAACUGAAACCCUGGGAAGCCAUCUCCACAGUGGUCAUGAAAAAUAAUGAUUGUUCUUCUGCCUUUGCAGGAUUUGUCAAAAUAUUUUUAAAAACCUAAAAUAUCAGUCAAUUUUCAUCUUAACCAUACAGGGAAAUGAAAACAAUAAUAAAAUGAGUGCUUAGUGCACAGUGAUUUGAAACAUUGAACACUGAGCAUUAGAGUUUUAUUGCUUUGUAAAAACUUAUCCAGGGAGUUUCCACCAUGUCAGCCUGGUUCUCUUUAAUUGAAGAUGUGAAGCAAGCUUUUGGGCACCACCACCCUUUGGGCACCACCACCCUUUGGGCACCACCACUCCCCUCGCAUAGGUGGGUAACAUCACCUUCACUGGGUUCCUCUGUCUGCCAAAGGCAAGUCCCCAUGUGGGAAAUGAGUCCACACACCAAGGACAGCUACUUCUACGCUGAUUCCGCCUGUGUCCAGUUUAAUCUCACUUCCAGCAUUUCCACGUGUCCUGUCCUCACUGCACUUGCAUCUCUGUUGCUUAUUCUUUAAAUAUAGACUGGACCCAAAAGGGAUUGAGAGUAGACACCAGGAAAUCCUUAGAAGCAAAUGAGAACAGAGACACAGCAUAUCUAACUCUCUGGGACACUAUGAAAGUAGUUCUGAGAGUAAAAUCUACAGCUCUGAGUGCCUACCUUAAAAAAAUAAAGGGAUCUCAAAUAAAUCGGCUUAUGCUGUACCUCAUAUCCUCAGAAAAAGAAUAACUGAUCCCAAAAAACAGGAGGAGAUAGGAAAUAUUAGAAUAAUAUUAGAGCCAAAAUUAAUGAAACUGAAAAUGAAAAACAAAGAACAAAUUCAUCCACAGAACAAAUCAGAAAAACCACCCAUUCACAAAACUUCAAGAAAAAGAAAGAAAGAAAGAAAAAGGGUCAUGAGAACUAAUCUAGCCAAUGAGGUAAAAGAGCUCUACCAUGAAAAUUACAGAACACUGAAGAAGGAAAUUGAAGAAAACCUUAGAAGAUAGAAAGACAUCCCAUGUUCUUUCCUAGGCAGAACUGAUAUCUCAAAAUGGCCAUACUACCAAAAGUAAUAUGCAGAUUCAGUGGAAUCCCCAUCAAAAUGCCAAUAUCAUUCUUCACAGAAUUGGAAAAAAAAAGUCUUAAAUGCAUUUGGAAGAAUAAGUCUCAGAAUAUCCAAAGCACUACAGAGCAAGAAAAAUGAUGCUGGGGGCAUCAGAGUGCCUGAAUUUAAAUUAUACUACAGAGCUGCAGUAACAAAAACAGCAUGGCAUUGGCACGAAAUAGACAUGAAGACCAAUGGAAAAGAAUACAAGGCACAGAGACAAACCCACAUGCUCACAGCCAUCUGACAUUUGACAAAAUACAUUUCGUAAAAAACCCUCUUUACCAAAUGGUGCUGGGAAAACUGGAUAGCUGCCUAUAUGUAGGAAAAUGAAACCAGAUCCAUACCUGUCACCUUGUAUAAAAGUCACAUAAAAAUGAAUCAAAGACACAGGAAUUAGUCCAGAAAGCUUACAACCACUAGGGAAAAAAAAAACACAUAGGGCCAACAUUCCAUGAUGUAGAUCCUGGUGACAACUUCCUUAACAAAACCCCCCAAAGUGCAAGAAAGAAAACCAAGAAUCAAUAAGGAGGGAUUCCAUCAGUUAAAAUCUUGUGCACAGCAAAGGAAAUGAUGAAGGGAACGAAGAAAGAUUGUACAGAAUGGGAGAGAAUCUUUGCCAGCCACUUCCCCAACAGGAGAUUAAUAUUCAGAAUAUGUAAAGACCUCAAAUACAUUCAAUCUAAAUCACAAUAAAAAUAGUAGCCCAAUCAACAAAUGGUCCAAAAAAUCAAACAGAAACAUUAAAAGAAACACAAAUGGCCAAUGUGUAUAUGAAAAAAUGUUGAACACUGCUUGUCGUCAGGGAAAUAUAAGUCAAUUCUACACUAAGGUAUCAUCUCACUGCAGUCAGGUGGCGAAUGCCAAGAGUACAAAUAAUAAUAAGUGUUGGCGAGGAUGUCAGUAAAGUGUAACUCACACAGUGGUGAAGGCCACCACUCAGGAAAGCAGCAUGGAGAGUCCUCAAAUAACUAGGAAGGGAACCACCACGUGACCCCGCCAUCCCACUCCUUGGUGUUUUUCAAAAAGAUCUAAAACCAGCUCAGUGCAGGAGUGCAGCCACCUAAAUGUUUAUAGCAGCACAGUUCACAGCAGCUAAACUAAGGAAUCAACCAGGCUCCUGCCAACAGAUGAGCGGAUUAAGAAACUCUGGUUUUUAUACACAGAGGAAUUAUCCUCAGUGAAAUUAGGGCAUUUGCUGGUAAAAUGGACGGAAAUGGAGAGCAUCAUGUUAAGUGAGACAGGUCGGACUCAGAAAAUCAGACUUGGGAAGUUUCCUCUCAUCUGUGGAAGCUAGAGUUAAAUAAGGGAAAGAAGGAGAAAAGAUAGGAUAAAGCACAGGAAAGGUCAGGGUUAUACAAGGAGAUCAAGAGUCAGAGGGGAGGGACAGAGAAAGGGAGGAAAUGUGGAAUGAGCCAUUAAAAAUCAUGAUAAGUGCAAGUAUAAAUAUCCCACAGGGAAUUUCAUCUGUAUAUAUAAAUUUUAAAAACAAUCAAAAAUAAAAUGAAGAGAUGAGCAAAAGAAAGUCUAGUAGAAAUCAAGAAGGAGGAGGCAAGUGGUGUGAGGACGGGAGGGAAAAGGGGACCCGGAACCAAUACCAAACUCCAUGCAUGUAUGGUUUUGUCAGGAUGAACCAACUAUUACGGGUAACUAUAAUCUUUUAAAGAGAAAAAUCCGUGGCCGUUGCAGGAAAUGACCAGUCCCUCCUUCACACUGAGCAGGCCCCAGGCCCCUCCUCCUCCCUCUGCUGAGUAGCGCUUAGUGAGGCUGCUGCAGAGUGAGGCCACCAGCCAGUCACACCAGGGUCUCAGGGUCAGGAUUCUGGGGCUCACCUUUCUUGUCCUGGGACUCCCAAAUUGACCAUCACUAACGCCCAACUAACCAUGAAGGGUCAUAUGGAGCCAGCCCAGGCCCCAGGGGAAGGAGUCUUGUCUUGUUCCUCGAGGUCUGUCCAGUUCCUUCUAAACAUGCAGCAUGAGAGACCCUUAACCUUUGCUGUCUGUGCUCCUGGUUUCUACUUCACAAUUUUGGAGGAAAUUGCUUGUCACUCUGCCACAGUCACUUCCUCUUGCAACAAGGGAGGCAGGUGUCAGUUCCCUCCAUAGAGCAGAGUCAGGGAUCUCCCCAGGACAGACACUGGGACAGAGCAGGCUCCUCAGGGCUCCACCAUGUCUGCACCUGCCUCCCGGCCCCAGUGUCCCUGUCCUGUCCUGCUGCUGACCCUCUUGCUGGGACUCACAGGUGAGUGAGCACUGUCUGGGGAGACUCCUCUGUCCGGGCCCCUGGGUCAGCUCUG